AUGGCUGAACAACCUCCACCUUCGCCAUCCGAAUUGCUCCGGAUGGUGACCGAGUUGCGGCAAGUUGUGGCUGAGGAGAACCAAAGAAUGGCAAAUCAAAUCGCCAACUUGAAUAACGCUCGAACUGAAAAUAAUGACCGACAAGAACGGACAGAAGAGGCCGAGCAGCAGUCAGGGCCAACACACGUCUCAGACACUGCUCGGCAGGAAGAGGAGCGGCCCGAACAUAAUGAGAAUACUCAGAAAAAUAUCGAAGAUGACGAUCAGGAAAGUUCCCCUGGACCAUUCACGGCGGAGGUGAUGAACUUCGUGCUGCCCCGAAGGUUUACCCUGCCGACCACUCUAACUCCAUAUGAUGGGUUAGAUGAUCCAAAGAAAUACAUCAAAAAGUUCACCUCCAUAAUGAUAGUAAACGGUGCAUCUGAUAAAGUUUUGUGUCAUUGUUUUCCAUCUUAUUUAGACGGUCCUGCACUUGAUUGGUUUUGCUCUUUGCCUGCAGGUUCCAUUUCUCGAUUCCGAGACAUAUCAAAACCUUUUGAGGAGCACUUUGCUGGAUCCGCCAUCUACCUCCACGACUCCGAUUACCUGAACACGGUCAAACAGGGUCAGCACGAAAGCCUCAAGGACUACAUGACGCACUUCACAAAGAUAGCCAUAGGCAUACCCAAUCUCCACCCUGAGGUAGAACUACACGCCAUAAAAAGUGGAUUAAGACCAGGAAAGUUCCAAGAAACUAUUGCUGUGGCCAAACCAAAAACUAUGGUCGAAUUCCGUGAAAAAGCUAAAGGACAGAUUGACAUCGAAGAACUCCGACAAGCUCGGAAAAUAGAAAAGCCUCACUACAAAGACGACGACAAGCCACGGGACAGCAAGAUGAAUUUCAAACCAGUCUCACGAUAUGAGACGUACACCAAAUUCAACACCAAACGCGAUGACAUCAUCAAGGAGAUCUUGAAUUCAAAGUUAAUCAAACCAUCACGAAAAGCUGGUAAUUACCCAGAUUCAAAAGACACUCCGACGCUCAAAAUGUAUUAUUGA